AGCUCAAAUCUUGUGGACUCCCAGAGGAUCAGAGUUUAGCGUUUAUGUUCACAUGCUGUGGCCGUGGGUACUCAUGGUAUCGGAGACGAGGCAAUCCAUGGUUCGACUAUCACAACGUUGAGACCAAGGCCUUCAGACAGGCCUUUCCAAACACACCUAUCUUUGGCUUCUUCGGAGGAGGAGAGAUUGGUUUGUGUCACUUCCCAAAAUUCAAUAGCACAGAAGCAGAUGAGGACAUGGGUGUUAGAUACAAGAAGCGGAAGAAGAAAAAAUUAUUCCAUCAGUUCUCUACAAUUAUUGUUCUUUUAUCAUUUUUGUGAUAAUCUUAAUUACAUAGGUUUCCUGUGCAUUAUGUCAGAAGAAUGAGCAUUUUUAAUCUUUAUAUUGUGUAGAAGGUUCUGUAAAAACUGUUGGCUUUUUGUCAUGUGAACAAAAAAGAACAUGAGUGAUAGUUG